AUGUAGAUUCCCUAUAUAAACACUAAAAAUUUCGUUUAAGAGCAUAGUUUUCAUUGAAUUCUUGUAAAACAAGCAAAAAAAACAAUGAAAACCUUCGUUGCUUUCUUCGCCCUCCUGGCUGUGGCCGCCGCCAACCCCCUGCCGCUGGUGCAGAUCAUCGUUAACGUUGACGGAGGCUCCAGCGAUGCCGUCGUCGUCGACAAGCCCGUGCCCGCUCCUGUGAUCGUUCCCGAGAUUGUAGGACCCGUCUUCCCCACUCCCAUCGUUAUCCCUGAGCCUGAACAGCCCAUCGUCUUCCCUACCCCCAUUGUCGUCCCCGAGCCCGAGCUGCCCAUCGUCUUCCCCACCCCCAUCGUUAUCCCUGAGCCUGAACAGCCCAUCGUCUUCCCCACUCCCAUCGUCGUUCCCGAGCCCGAGCAACCCAUCGUGUUCCCUACCCCCAUCGUCGUUCCCGAGCCCGAGCAGCCCAUCGUGUUCCCUACCCCCAUCGUCAUCCCUCAACCCGUUGCCCCCGAGGUCAUCCCUGAAUCGAUCGUCCUCCCCGCCCCUGUGCUCCCCGUCGUCAUCCCUGAAGCUAUCGUCCUUCCCGAGACCAUUGCCCCUGAGGUGGUGGUCCCCGAAUCCGUCCCCGUGAUGCCCGUCGUACCCGUCGUUGUCCCCGAGGCAAUCGUCCUCCCCGAGCAACUGGGCUAACUUCACAACUGGAACUAGAUAGGGCGCUAAGAACAGCCAGCUGAAAUAUUGCAUGUAUUAAGGCACUCCUUUCAUAAGUUUUCACUCAUGAUUUGGAUGUACUGUAAAAUACCUUAAUAAAUGACGUUUACAAAUUGAA